AUGGACCGAUUCUUCUUCCUCCUCUUCUCCAGCCCCCCUGCCCCUUCUACAUCACAAAUCGACACCGAAAUUCGACAUCACAUCGACACUGGAAAGCCCUGGUCCGGGCCACUCGACAAAUCGAUCAGACAGAGCUUCGUGGAGAAUCUCCGAAGUAAAUGCCACUCAUGGGCGACCCUCAAGAACACCGGCUAUAGGAUGGACCCCACACAAAAAGGAUAUCAGCAUGCCCCCCAAGGCGGACCCCAAAAGCGCGCUGCAGUCGCGCUAGACUGCGAGAUGGUCCAAACGGAGAACGGGCAAGAGUGCGUGCAACUUUGCGCGGUGGAUAUGAUUACAGGAGAGGCGAUCGUUGAUGUUGGCGUGUUCCCUCUGGCCCGGGUGACAAACUGGGUUACGAGAUAUAGCGGCAUGAGCUGGAAGAGGCUCAAGGCCAUGGAAAAGAAAGGCAAGACCGUGCACGGUUGGCCUUCUGCGAGGGAAAGACUGUUCAAGUACAUCAAUAGGGACACGGUGCUGGUGGGACACGCCCUCGAAAACGACCUCAAGACUCUCGGCAUCGUUCACGAUAACAUCGUCGACACCUCGAUCUUGACAAAGGAGGUGGUGGAGGAGCAUAUUGGGGUUUGUGGACGAAAGUGGGCCCUCAGAAAGCUAACAGCUGCUUUUGUGGGCAUUGCCAUCCAGAACUCAAGCUCGGGCCACGACUGCAUGGAGGACACCAUGGCCACUCGCGAGGUCCUCCUUGUUUGUCUCCUGAAGCCUGACGUCCUGGAGCAGUGGGCGGUUGAGGCGGCUGUUGAAGAGGGCCGGGUUGGAAAUGGACCCGCAUACGGCGGAGUGGAAGACUUUAUGUGA